UGGUGAACCCAUUCCCUGCCCAGCUGCGACCCCCAUGACCCGCCCCAGAGGCAGUUCAUACUGCUGUUUAGCCCCCAGGGCGUGGGGAGACCCUGCCCGUGACCCCCGCGACCUCUGCCCCCAGAUGCGGUUCAUGCUGCUGUUCAGCCGGCAGGGGAAGCUGCGGCUGCAGAAGUGGUGCGUGGCGGCCGGCGAGCGCGAGCGGCGCAAGAUGGUGCGUGAGCUCAUGCAGGUGGUGCUGGCACGCAAGCCCAAGAUGUGCAGCUUCCUCGAGUGGCGCGACCUCAAGGUCGUCUACAAACGGUACGCCAGCCUGUACUUCUGUUGCGCCAUCGAGGGGCCGGACAAUGAGCUGCUGACGCUGGAGCUGAUCCACCGCUACGUGGAGCUGCUGGACAAAUACUUCGGCAGCGUGUGCGAGUUGGACAUUAUCUUCAACUUUGAGAAGGCCUAUUUCAUCCUGGAUGAGUUCCUCAUGGGGGGCGAGAUCCAGGACACCUCCAAGAAGAGUGUCCUCAAGGCCAUAGAGCAGGCUGACCUGCUGCAGGAGGAGGAUGAAUCUCCACGCAGCGUGCUGGAGGAGAUGGGGCUGGCGUAGCACCCUUGAGGGUCCAGGGGAGCCCAGUCGACCCUCCUGCCCCGGCUUCAACGAGGUCUCUGGGAACUCUGGUGGGGGGCAUUGGGAGAGGGACACAAUCUCUUGCCCCCCCCUCCACUUGCACAGGCGUGAAGACCCUGGGAACAGUGUGGGGGGGCCUCCCCCUGCAUGGACUGUGUACAUAGAGGUGUUGAGGGGGCACCCUAAUCUUCCCCCCCACACCCAGCACUGGGCAGGCUCUAAGCACACGUGUGCAGUGGCACGUGCGUGUAAACCCCCCUCUUCCCUGUAACCCCCCCUUUGGAAUAAAGUGUGUGUGCAGAGCCCUGCCAUGCUUGUGACUUUGGGGCGGGGUGGGGUGGGGAGGCAUCUGUGUCCCUCUGCCAGGGUCAGGCCCCAUAUUUGAGGUGGGGUUUGCAGGGAGGUGGACGUCCAACCCCCCUAGAGCUUCAUACUGAAGCCUCCACUUCUGCCUCAGUUUUCCCCUAGUCACCAGCCCCAAUUCCCUCUGCCUCAGUUUCCCAUGCCUCUGCUAGCUCCUCCCCCACCACCCAAAAAAAAGUCUGGAUCAGUGAAACCAGUAUAGCCAGAGCCAUGUUGGGAGGAAUAUGUGGGUGCGUGAGCCCCGGCAGGGGCCAGGCCAGGCUGUUGGGGAGCAGGUGGCACUGAUGGGCCCCUCUUGGGACAUGUUUUCAAGGGCUGGCUAAUCCCAUUUGCCCAGCUGUUUGAUCCCGAUCCUAUCCGCACACAGACCUACUCGAUCUGGUGUCCCUGGGUGGAUGUGUCCCAUUCACACACACACGGCUGAUGCGGCAUCCCCAGGUGGGCCCGUCUGGUUCACACCCACACGGCUGAUUUGGCGUCCCCUGGUGGGCCCUUCCUGUUCACACCCACAUGGCUAAUCUGGCAUCCCUAGUGGGCCCAUCCCAUUCACAUGUGGCUAAUCUGGUGUCCCUGGGUGGGUCUGACCCGUUCACACCCACACAGCUGAUCUGGCAUCCCCAGAUGGGCCUAUCCCAUGCAGCUGAUCUGGUGUCCCCAUCCCAUUCACACAUGUGGCUAAUGUGUCUCUGGGUGGGCCCAUUCUAUUUACACACGCACAACAUACACACGGACACAUGGCUGAUCUGGGGUCCCUGGGUCCACCUGUCCCAUUCACACACACGUGGCUGAUCCAGCAUCCCUUCGCUCUCUCUCUUUCUCACACACACACUCUCACACACACACACAGAGCUGGUCCAGCAUCCCCAGGUGGGCCCGUCCCAUUCACACACAUGGCCAAUCCAACAACCCCGGGUGGGCUUGUCCCAUUUACGCACAUGGCUGAUCUGGCAUCCUUGGGUGGGCCUGUCCUGCUCACACCCAUGAAGUGAAUCCAGUCCCGGGGCAGAGAGCAGAGUAACGCGUAAUAAAAU